AUGGCUACUUCUGCUGCUGCUGCUUGUAGUCCAUGGCAGAUCAGAGAUGGGUGUCUCAUGGUGGGAGAUGAGGUCCUCUUGAGCAGAGUCGCUCCCAAUAUCACCCUCACAACGUUGAAAGAUGGGGCUGCUUUUGUUGGAGCAACUUCGAGGAGCUCAAGCAGCCGCCACGUCUUCAACAUUGGAGUUCUCAGGGGAUACAGGUUCCUGAGUCUCUUCAGGUUCAAGCUCUGGUGGAUGAUCCCAACUUUUGGAGAUGCUGCCAGCAAAGUACCUGUGGACACUCAAAUGCUUCUCUUGGAGGCGAGAGAAGCCUCUGCCCCAGCCAGUGGGACAAACAUCACAGGGGACGAGGAUGCCGACGAAAUCUUCUAUGUUUUAAUUUUGCCCGUGUUGGAUGGACCAUUCAGGACUAGUCUGCAGGGAACAGAUGUCGAUACACUUCAGUUUUGUGCUGAGAGUGGGGAUCCGAAUGUCCAGACUUCCAAAUUUUCAGAAGCUGUAUUGAUUAACACGGAUACCAACCCAUUUGAUCUAAUCAAGAAAUCUAUCAGGAUAUUGGAGAAGCAUAAAGGUACCUUCAGCUGCAUAGAACACAAGAAGCUCCCCGCGCAAAUAGACUUGUUUGGAUGGAGCACUUGGGAUGCCUUCUACAACGCAGUCAACUGCAUCGGAAUUGAAGAGGGUCUCAAAAGUCUGUUGAAAGGAGGAUUCCCGCCUAAAUGGUUGAUCAUAGAUGAUGGUUGGCAAAACAUUUUACAUGACACUACGGACAACCAUAAACUAGCCGAUGUGGAAGGAUUAAAAUAUGUGUCGAGACAAGUGAAUUUCGAUGCCAAUCCAAAGUUCAAGGGUUCUGGACAGGGAAAGCCAAUCGAACUCCAGGAGUUUUGCAAAAGCAUCAAGGAAAAAUAUGGGGUGAAAUAUGUCUAUGCCUGGCAUACGGUGCUAGGUUACUGGGGAGGGGUAAGUCCAACGUCAGAGGGGAUGAAAAAAUACAUGGCCAAGAUAAUUUAUCCAGUUCAGUCACCCGGUAACUUGAGCCAUGUUGUUUGUGGCACCAUCCUGUGUGUAGAGGAUGAGGGGGUUGCAUUCAUUGAGCCCUUGAGAAUUCGUGACUUUUAUGAAGAUUUCCACCGCUACCUCGCAAGUUGUGGUGUCAAUGGAGUGAAGGUAGAUGAUCAGAAUCUAUUAGAACUUCUUGGUUCUGGUUAUGGAGGUCGUGUUGCCUUGACCAGAGAAUUCUUAAGAGCUCUUGAGGAAUCAGUGGUCAAUAAUUUCAAGGAUAUCAACUUGAUCAGCUCUAUGUGCAUGAGUACAGAUUACUUAUACAGUGCAAAGAAGGUUGCUGUUGCUAGAGUAUCUGAGGAUUUCAUGCCAACAGAGCCAACAUUUCAGACGAUGCACAUUGCUGGUGUUGCCUACACAUGUCUUCUAGCAGGAGAAAUAAUUGUGCCAGAUUGGGACAUGUUUCAUAGCAAUCACUACACAGCCAAAUUCCAUGCUGCGGCAAGAGCAAUAGGUGGAUGCGCAGUAUAUUUCAGUGACAAGCCAGGUGAACAUGGCUUUGAUGUCAUCAAGAGAUUAGUACUGCCUGAUGGAUCUAUCUUAAGAGCGAGAUAUGCUGGUCGACCUACCCGAGAUUGCUUAUUCAGUGACCCCAUAACAGAUGGGAAGAGUUUGAUGAAGAUAUGGAACUUGAACAAAAUAACGGGUGUCCUGGGUGUUUUCAACUGCCAAAGAGGUGGAAUUUGGCCACCUAUAAGAGGUGCUCCAUACAAUCCACCUUCAGAAUCUGAACCCUUCAUCAUAUCGGGCAUUGUUAGUCCUAGAGAUGUCGAAUUUCUUGGCGAGGUUGCAGGAGAAGACUGGCUUGGAGACUGCGCAGUCUACUCAUAUACUUCAGGGGAACUGUCAAGAAUGCCAAAGAAAGGAAGACUUGAAGUGACUUUAGGAUUUCUAGGAUUUGAAGUAUUUACGGUGUCUCCUAUAAGGGUAUUUGAUGAGAAAUAUCAAUUCGCUCCACUCGGGUUACUGGACAUGUACAACUCUGGGGGAGCAGUUGAAGUAAUGAACAGCUCCCUCGACUCCUCUGGACGUAAGAUCGAGAUUCAGGCGCGAGGGUGCGGACGGUUCGGUGCCUACUCCAAUUCGAAACCGAGGUCUUGUAGCAUCAGUGGGAAGGAAGAAGAUCUCGGGUACGAUGCCGAGAACGGGAUGCUAACCAUAACUCUUCCACAGGAAUGCACCUUGAGAACCGUGGCUUUUGUGUAUUAG